ACGCGAUGGAGGGCGGCGGAGGCGCCUACGGGGCGGCCAAGGCCGGCGGUGCCUUCGACCUGAUCCGCUUCGUGCAGCAGCCGCAGGUGCUGGCGCGGAUCGUGAGCGCGGUCUUCGCGCUGAUCGUGUUCGCCUGCCUGGUCGAGGAUGGCUACACGAGCUAUCCCGAGAAACCCGAGCUUUACUGCAUCUUCAACCACAACGAGGACGCCUGUCGCUACGGCAUCGGCAUCGGCAUCCUCGCCUUCCUCGCCUGCAUCUUCUUCUUCAUGGUGGAUGUCUAUUUUCCCCAGAUCAGCAACACUACCGACCGCAAGUACCUGGUCCUGGCCGACCUCGGCUUCUCAGGUACCCGGGUUGCGGGGCAGGGCUGUGGCUGUGCCACAAUGGCCGCCUUGUCCCGUGACGUGGCUGCCGGUGCCUGGCGAAGGGAGUCGCUCCCGUCUGGCGUUCUGCCCGCGGGCCACGCGCUGCUGCUGCUGCUGAGUGCCCCAGGAGAGGCUGCCCCUGGCCGGGUGCCUGCGCCAGCCUGCACGGGGGAGCAGGGUGUGGCCCCGGGACUGCCCAGGAGCAGCAGGACCAGCCCUGGCCCCUCAUGCCGCUUCCCCCCCACAGGUCUCUGGACCUUCCUAUGGUUCAUCGGCUUCUGUUUCCUCACCAACCAAUGGUCCUGGACACAGGCCGAGGAUGUGCACAUCCUUGCGGACUCUGCCCGUGCUGCCAUCACCUUCAGCUUCUUCUCCAUCUUCUCCUGGGGUCUCCUGCUCACCUUUGCUUACAAGAGGUACAAAAUGGGGGUGGAGGACUUUGCUCAAAGUUAUGCCGACCCCAGCCCGGAGGUUUCGACUCCCUACUCCAGCUAUCCCAACAUCAGCCAUGAGAGCUACCAGCAGCCGCCCUUCACGCACACAGCGGAGGCCCCAGAGGGUUAUCAGCCGCCACCAGUGUACUGAGCCCUGGCUGGCACCCGCGGCACAGCUGUACCAGUGCAAUUC